CCGGUUUGAAGUCGAAAUAAUUUUUGAAAAAGUAUCUCUAUAUUUCCAUAUAAAUACGGAUAUUUAUAGGAUUCAUAUAAGUACAAUGUAGGAUCAGCAUGAAUUAUAAAGGUUCAAUGUCCAUAUUGAACAUACAUAAAACAAAGUGAAACGUUUAAGUCGACAGGAUCAGCACUGUUAUUCAUGUGUUGAUACAAAGGUCAUUUCUCAACAUUUUUCAGAGUUUCAAGUUCAAACUAAAAAUACUGAAUAACUUCAUUAGAUGGCAAGGAGAUAAUAUCAGCAACAAAGAAACUGAGAUCUAAUAAUGUUGCCGCAGAACAUAAUGCAGUCAGGUAUGAUGAUGAGGCCUGUUCAAGGUAUGGGAAUACCUAUGAGGUUACCUGCCCAGGGGUUACGCAUUCCACAGAUGCAAGUCAUGAAUCCUGCCACCCAGCAACUGCAAUCUCUCUACCCAGGAAUGCAAGGUAUAGUGCAAGCCCAACAGCAGUUAAUGUCUGCGCCUCAAAAUGGUUUAAUGCAAGCCGGACAUGUUGCUCAACUUGCAAAUAUGCAGUCACCGUCCCAACAAGCCACCCAGCAACCCACUGUCCCCGCAGCCCAACCUGCCCCUGGCUCAUCAAACAACCAGAAUCUUCACAUUGUAACACCAACCUAUCACAAGAUCAAGACGCAGGGGACGCAGCCUGGUCAGCAAAGUCCUGGGUUGCAGAAUUCAGGAGCAGAGACAGAGCGGGAGAGCAACCACCAGAGCCCAUACCAGCAACAAAUUGCUUCUUAUGCAGCUGCAGCAACUCAGCAAGCUCUAUCGCAGGCCUCUGCCUCGAGCCUCCAUCAAAUGCAGCAGUUUCCCCAGCAGUUAGCUGUCAGCAGUGUUUCACAUAUGCACUCCAUGCCUUUCUCUGUCAGAGUACAGCAGGCUCAACUCCCUGGAUUAGUGAAUCAAACCUCCACAUUAAACCCUGUGGUGUUCCAAGGAUCUCCCCUGAUGCAGCCUCAAUUACGUCAACAAGCCACAGUGCCCAAUGUGCCCAUGAUAAACAUGUCCAACCAGGGCAAGUAUAUUAGAAUUCCAAUGAGGCCCCAGGGAGGUGUACCUAUGAUGCUACCACCAAUGCCACUACCUCUCCAUAUGAGGCCCCAGUUUCGUCCCUCAGUCUCUGUACCAUCCACCGUGCGGCAUCCAGUCUCCCGUCAAUCCCCCGCCCCUAGGCCUGCUGCCACUGUAAUGUCAAUAACAGAUGUAACUGAUGAACCAUUGAAAAUAGCAGAAGGGAUUAUUGAUGAUAUAAUCAAUAAGAUUGUAGGGCUAGAAAAUGGAUCUGAGGAAGCUGAUUUGUUAAAGGACACUGAGGUUCUCUCUGAAGUGGACUCAUGUGAUGAGAACACACUAUUAGGACUUGAUAGUGCAGUUAGUGGGGCCAUUAAUGUGCCAGAUAGAGACAUUAAAAGCACAGUUCAAGAGAUGAAUGGUGAUACAGGGAGUCUCUCACCUGGUUCUCAGCGUAAACGAAAGAUUACAGAAGAAUCCACUGAUGGUGCAGUGAACAAGAAAGUGUGUAUGGUUUGUGGGAAAUGUGUUGAUCAAAGUGAGGAGAAAUUUGUGCUCAUUCAUGAAGCGCAGCCUUUUGAGGAAAAUAAUAUCGUUAAGAAAAUGCAGUGCGCUGGCUUAAAUAUAGGUGAUUGUUAUGAUGAUUUGCAUUCAAAAUAUCUAUGUGCUGGCGAUCUCACAAAAAUUACAAAGUUGGAAAAGUUAUUAUCGCUACAGGGAGAAAUUCAAAAGAGCUUUAUGGAAACAAAGGAAAUGUUUAAAAGCUCAAUGGAAAAUGGGGAUCUAAAGAAAAUGAAAAUGGAUCUAGAUACUGCAGAGCCAGAAGGAAAUCAAGAUUAGAAUAAUCUCAUUCAUGUAUAGCAUAUCUCUGUAUUGAAUAGGCAAUUUUGUACAUCAGUGCUUAAAUGUCACAUAUUUGAUGUUGACAUAAAAUGCUUACUCAGCUCAGGUUUCAUUAGUGAUGUUCAAGGCACAUUUCCUGAUCCCUGUGUGAUGUAUUUACAAUAUUCUGCUAAUGCCUGUUUGUGAAAACUAGGGUUGAAUACAGGGUGAAAUGGUUGUCACCACUAGAAUGUCAGAGUGCUUAUCGGCCUUAUCUCUUGGUUGUUACAUAAUAUGAAGAAUCAUAAUCCUUCUUCAAGUGGUUUAAUGUUGUUCAGACAAGGACUGACAAGCUGGUUUCUGGAUAAAAUGAUGAAUAAACCAUUAUUGUUAAUACUAUUUAAUACCUUUGCUUGAGAUUGAGAAUUAUCAGAUGGAUUUAGUUGCCUUGUUAUUUCUGUUUUCAACAUUCAUUCAAUGUUUCUAGUUUCAAUAGGGUUUGGAAAUGGCUUGGUCUUUGGUUAAUAUUUGUUUAUUGUUUUGUUUGCUUUAUAUUGGUAUCAGAAUUAUCCAAAUAAUACGUGAGGUUAAUCCGAUGCAUUGAUCUACCAUUGCAUUAUACCUACAUUAUGGUCAGUGUAGUUUCAAAUAAAUGUUCAUUUUGUGUUCUGUUUCAUUUGCAAGGUAUAUAACAUGACCAGUAACCAUGACACUUUCUAUAUCAUAAGAAAGGCUAUUUCAGCUUAGUAUUGAUAUCAUUGUACAUGUACAAUC